AUCACGAAUCAACAUCGCGCUGUUGCUUCUUCACAUCUACACCGCUGCCCCGUUCUCUCCCCUUCAUUUUUCUCCAGGAUGGCAGACACACCAUCCGACGAUAACGACUCCAGAACCGCCGCGGUCGCCCCCCGUCCUCAGACAAACGGCUCCCGCCACUCCUCGCGCCAGAGCUCUCAGGAUCCCAACCCGAACCCGCGGAAGAGACAACGACGCAAUGGCUCCGCCGAUGUCCGCAAUGUCCGCGACUUUGUUCCCCAGGGCGCGACCUUUAGCGCUGCAGCCCUCGCUGUAGACUCAGACCACACAUCCUCUUCGGGUUCCGACAGCGAUGAUGGCAAUUCUUCCGAAGGUGGUGAUGCACCGGCCGAGUCCACGUCCACCGCACCCGCGCCGCCUGUGAGCUGGAAUAAGGGGAGCAAGAGUGGGAUUCGGACAUCGCUUCGCAGUCGCGGGAAGACAGACGAGAGCAAGCCCACCUCCCAGUUCGACGCCGUCAACGACAAGUUUUGGCGCAGUCGCAGCGCGUCUAUCUCGUCCGGCGGGGAUCACGACGCGGAAUCCUCGAAACCUAGUCAGGAUGACGAAGAGGGUGAGGUGGACGAGGAGGAUGAGGAUGAAAGCUCGGAUGAGUCUAGCCAGAUGCAGCUCUCUGGCGACUCAGACGACUCGGAGUCUCUGGAUUCGGAAGCGGACGAUUCGAUCCUACUGAAUAUCGGGUCUCGGAACGGUCAGAGCCUUGGUCAGGACCAGGAUGGCCUUAUCACACCGGACGGCGAUGACGAAUAUGACCCCGAGGCUCUACCAGUAUCCGACGGCCUGGGUGGAAAAGCCGUCAAUGGACAGGACACUACUCUAACACAGUCGAAAGAGGACGCGCUCCUCCGAUUCUCGAAGAAAUACCCCACCGCCCCCUCGACUCUCGCCGAUCUGGAUCGUGAUGACAUGGACAUUCAGGCGAAGUACAGAUUCUAUGACCGCGACAUCAACGCCAUCGAUCUACAACUACCGAUAGCCUGCACGGAAUGUCUGCAUGAGGGACACCUGGCACAAGUCUGUCCCUCCCGGGAGUGCGUACAUUGUGGUGCCUGGAACCAGCACCAGAGCAGUUUCUGCCCGUCCUGGAGGCGAUGCCAAAGGUGUCGCCAGCGUGGUCACGACCAAGAGUGUUGUCCGUCCCCACUGAAGGGCUCCACAACUGAGUUCCCCUGCGACCUGUGCGGAUCAUCCGAGCACCUCGAGCUGAACUGCGAUCUCAUGUGGAAAUUCUCUCCCCAAGACACAUCCUCCGACCCUGUCCUCGUCUCAUUAUCUUGUGCCCACUGCACCAGCAACCGCCAUAUCAUCGGCGACUGUCCCUCCUUACCCUCAGGACUACGCUCCUCCUCCUGGACCCUCCGCGGAAUCGACCCAGACAUGAUCACCAACAUCAACUCUGUCAUGCCUGCCCGGCGCGGCGGCGCUGCACCCCGAGGCCAAGGAAGAGGCAUGAAGAUCCGGGGCCGCGCCGACCAGCGCUCUCCCUCAUCCGACAGCGACGACAUGAUGGCGCGACCAGACCGCCGCCAACCCGUCAAUAGAGGCGGCAACCGCGGCCACAUCCGGUUCGGCGCUGGCAUUGGACAGAACAAGAACCUGGCCCCGACGGGCGGUUAUAGAGGAAACAACAAUAACAACUACUCAUCUGGCAACAACUCCCGCCAGCGGUCAUUAUCUCCUAAUCCCCGUCCCUCGCGCGGACGCGGCAGAGAUAGCUGGCAACCGAAUAGCGGACGGGGUUCACUCCCGAGCCGUCCUUCGACCAGAGGCAACGGCAAUCCCGGACGCGGAGGGGGCCGCGGAGGAGGCCGUGGCGGCAAGCGAGGCGGCGGUGGCGGCGGCGGUGAUGCCUAUCGUCCGCUUCCUAGCGCAGCCAAAAAGGCAUGGGACAAGUACCGACUGUGAUGAAAUUGGUAUGAUGAAUAAUGAUGAAGACAGGUCGUUGACUCUUCGGUUGGCGUUUCCUGUGUGUACAGCUAUACCCCGGGGUUUGAUUGAUUGAUAGAUGUGUAUAUCAAAAGCUCGUCUGCACCUGCAUCUGCGUCUGUAAUCCAAGAGUCCGCCCGUAUGUACAGCCCCGAACUAUGUUCCAUGUGUUCAAUGUACAAGAGACUCUAUAUGUACUGUAUCCCCUGAUCCGUACCCGUGGGUACCUUUCCCCCACCACGAUGUCCUACGAAUCCGGAAUCCAAAAUGUCAAUCAACUCGUCUAGUCUCUCGAUGCACAGAUCCGUAUGGGCAUGGUCUUUUAAAUGCCCGUUAUGGUCGUUCAGGAGCAGUACUGUCGCUGCGCCGGCGGUAUGUCCGGCUGUCAUGUCAUCGAGACUAUCGCCAACC